UUAUUUUGAAAAGAUAUCAUCAGGGAAUAUUUGAAGAAAUUAAAACAAAGGAUAAGCUAGCUACUCCUAUGAAGAAGACGACGACGUUUUAUGCAAAACGAUUUGCUCUAUUGCUUGUUUUUCUAAUUAUUGAUCAAGUUUUUCAAGCAACUUCUGUUUCAAUGGAACCACAUCUAGGAACUGUAUUUUCCGGCAGAAAUAGAAUGCUUAGAACGCGGUCAUGGCCACCACCUGCACCUAAGGUAAAUCGAGCUCGGAAUCAGGGGUUCUUUUUUCCACCUCCGCCACCACCACCACCGCCUCCGCCGCCACCGCCUCCGCCGCCACCACCGCCGCCACCUUGUAUUACAGGUGUUUAGAUUUAACUAUUCAAAAGAGGGUUGCAACGUAGCUUGUUGACCGUUUACCUGCCAUUCUUAUGUAAUUUUUUCUAUUGUUAAUGAAAAGAAUCGAAUGAUGUCCGGAAAGAAAAAGAUUUAACUAUUUAAUCAUAACAACUAUUUAAUCAUAACAUAUGUAAAAUUGAAGCAGGGUCUUUGUAACUUUGAGUUUAAGUCGUUUAUUUUUUCUGUAUCUUUGAAUAUUUAUAAUAUAAAUAAAUAUAUGUUUGGAAAUUGUUUGGUAGAGGUGUUUUUUAAUCUGGUGUUUAUGUGAAAUAGUAAACUAAAGAGGCAAUUACAUAUAUCCUCUUUUAAAAUUCAUUAAUUAUGUAUAUAUAUUUAAUUCAAAACCAAAAUUGUAUAUA